AUGGCUGGACAGAUUCCCGUGUGGGUGGAUUGUGAUCCAGGCCACGACGAUGCAUUUGCCAUCAUCCUUGCGGCCCAACAUCCUGCUUUCAACCUACUAGGUGUCAGCACGAUUCAUGGAAACACAUCGCUCAAAAAGACGACCAUUAACGCUCUCAGUGUUUUGACGGCGCUCAAACGCACUGAGGUCCCCGUCUACCAGGGCACGCCCAAACCUUUCUGCCGAGAGCACCCACAAUGGGGCUCCGAUGUGCACGGUGAAUCUGGUAUCGAUGGCGCUGAGGAUCUGCCUAAACCAGCUGUUGGGCCCCGAACUGAUAAGCAUGCCGUGAUUGCAAUGCGUGAUGCACUACUUGCGCAGCCGCCGAAUACUGCUUGGCUGGUCUUGCUUGGAUCUUUUACCAACAUUGCGCUACUGAUGGCGAUGUACCCCGAAGUGGCUGAUUAUAUCAAGGGACUUACCAUAAUGGGAGGCUCGAUCGGCGGGGGGUUUACUAAAGCUCCUCCAGGCCACCGCACAGGGGAAGCGGACCGAGUAGGCAACUCGACACUGUGGGCUGAAUUUAACGCUUUUUGCGAUCCCGAGGCAUCGCGUGCAAUCUUUUCCAACCCUCGGCUGAACAUUAAGACCACGCUCAUUCCGUUGGAUGUGACUCACCUAGUCUUGAUCAAGGAGGAAGUCUUGGAUCUGAUGAAGAAUGGUCCACCAGGACAAAAGAGGAACACUGAGGCUAAAACUAGAAAGAUCUUCACUGAUCUGCUCAAGUUCUUCCGUGGGGAGUACCAAAGAAUCCAUAAUCUCGAUGGGCCUCUCCAUGACCCUAUUGCUGUUGCUGUUAUUUUGGAAGAUGAAGGAGUGGAAAAGAUUGAUUUUGACUACAACGGUGGAGAACGGUUCAGUAUUGACUUGGUUCUGGAGGGUGAGCAGAUUGGUCGGACAGUUGCGACCAAGCUUCAUACUGGUGAACAGGGCGUGAGGAUUCCCAGAGGGUUAAACGUCCCCAAAUUCUGGCGUGUUCUUGAGGGGGCCCUUAGUGUUAGCGACAAGAACUAG